AUGGACGGAUUCGGCCUCGGGUGGUAUACGUCGACAGAGUGCGAGUUCAACCCGUAUAUCGAUCCAAAGUGGCCCGAGUCCCUUCGUCCAGUCGUGUACAAAAACACUCGACCUCCGCUCAACGAUCUGGUCCUCAAGAGCAUCGUUCGAGGCACCAGCAGUAAUGCCGUCCUUGCCCAUAUCCGCGCAGCCCCAGGCCUGACGCCAGUCGUAGAGACCAACUGCCAUCCCUUUGCGUUUGGUCGUCAUUUGUUCGCCCACAACGGCAUCCUCGGGUCUUUUCCUCGUAUCCGUACGGCAAUUCUGCAAUAUCUUCCGUUGAGAUACCAACAGGCCGUUGUCGGGACAACAGAUGCUGAGCACAUUGCGGCCGUGUACUUUUUCAUAUUAUGCGGUAAGGAUGGCGACUGGGAGUCUGUUUAUGAUGCAGGAGAGAUGGCGACAGCGAUGCGGGAGACUAUCAUCAUCCUCGAGAAACUGCAGACCGAGUUUGGACCGCCGAGCCGAGAGGCUAACACACUCAACCUUGUUGUCAUGUCUGGCAGCUCGCUCGUCGCUGUGCGAUAUGCCAGCCCGGAAGGACUGGAACCCCCGAGUUUGUACUACUCGACGACAGCUGGAGCAACGCUCAACCGCAAGUACAAGGGAUUUCCAAGCGACGUGAGUGACUCGGCCGAUGGUGGUGACGGGGAUGCCGAGGACGACGGGCGGCUAGAGAAGAAGAAGCAUGGAGAGCACGUUGUGGUAGCCAGCGAGCCCAGCACCUUUAACCAGGGUGAAUGGGAGCUUAUCAAGCCAUCACAGAUGGUUGUUUCUGAACUGGGUUCUGGUGCCUAUCUCGAGCACUUUGUGUCGGAAUUCGCCCAUUACGCGUACGACUUGCGACUGCCGGGAAUCAUGGGGGAUCGAACGCUAUUUAUCGUUCUUCUCUAUCUGGCCUUCGGUCUCCUAGUCAACGCUACGGAAAGCGAAAACGACGACUAUGACCAGUGCUACUUUGAUGCAGGUUAUGUCGGUCCACCUAACCUUCUCCCUUGCUUACCGGCGAAUGAAACAAAAGGUGGCUUCAGUUGGUGCUGUCUGGCAGGGGACGCCUGCGUCAAUGAAGCCUGUUGGAAUCAUGAUUCGGGCGUGACUUAUCAGUAUGGCUGUAACGACCCGAAUUACGCAGACAAAAUCUGUCCCCUCAAGGGCGAUCUCGACCCAGCCAAGUCCCCCUGGAUAGGGCUUGUCCGGUGCGAUACUGAGAACGAAGGUAUUCUGAAAUACUGGGCUUGCAACCAUCCAGAUACCUGCGGCGAAAAUUGCCCGACUGAACCCGAGCGACCGCAGGUCACCCAAUCUGUCUGGCCCUGGAAACCUCAGGCUUUGCCACCCAACAAAGACUGCAAAGAUCUAGGAAGGCGGGUUUUGGCAAUGUAUGCCCCAGCAACGAUUCCUUCAGCUGGCGGUGUCCCAUUGGCGUAUACGGCCCCCGCAAACAAACCGUCUCUAUCAAUGCCGCCGUUGCAAAGCAGCGGCACGACGACAUCUCUGGCUUCUUCAACCACACCUACCUCUAUUUCCGAUACUGGGACUUCUGUCGUAAACAUCACAUCACCCACAGCUGCCACCCCUACAUCCGUGGACUCCGAGACGAGCAGCUCAACCCUAGGCACCGGGGCUAUUGCUGGCAUUGCCGUUUCCUCCGCCUUUCUCAUAGGAUCGGCCUUAUUCGUCGCCUUCAUGCUACUCCGACGUCGUCGCUCCCGACAUGGUCCGGUACUCAACACCCAUGAGACUGAGACUUAUGACCACGAACAGACUGUUCCUGCAGAAUUGCCUGACGAGAAACACAACCUUAUAAAUCCCCACACCCCGUCCACAGCCUCGGACGCAGGACAGGGCCGGCCAGUCUCGGACAUGACUCUGAGCAUGUUUUCGCCCAGUCCGCUCAGUACGCCGAGAACUCCAGGCUCGCCGUAUUACUACCACGGCGUCGGCCAAGCCCCUUCUGAGUUGGCGGAUCAGCCAAGGGCUAUACACGAGAUGCCGGCAAUCAAUGAACGGGUCGAGAUGCCUUGA